UGGCAAACCCGUUAGCCUCGCUUCGAAUUCGCGAUAAUAUUUCCUAUCCUUUUGUUAUCUUUUGCAUUGUACACGACAUCCGCAACGUAUAUCCAUAAUGUCAGAACCCACCGAUGCUCUUACUCCCAGAGAGGAGGAAGCCGAUGUUCACUUUGAGCCCGUUAUUAGGCUCACCGAGCGUGUGGACACAAAGACCAUGGAGGAAGACGAAGACGUUCUCUUCAAAAUGCGUGCCAAGUUGUUCAGAUUCGACACCACGUCGACAGAUUGGAAGGAACGUGGAACUGGCGACGUUCGUCUACUCAAACACAAGGAGACAAAGAAAACUCGCCUCGUGAUGAGACGCGACAAGACCCUCAAAGUUUGUGCUAACCAUGCCAUCUCUGCCGAGAUGAGACUGCAGCCCAAUGUUGGCUCUGACCGCAGUUGGGUUUGGAAGGUUGCAGCCGAUUACUCUGAGAGCCCGCCCACUUCUGAGACGCUUGCAAUCCGUUUCGCUAAUUCUGAAAAUGCUGGUCAAUUUAAGACUGCUUUCGAAGAUGCUCAGAAAGUCAACGCAGAGAUCGCAGGUGUGACCAUUCCUGAUGCAGAAACCAAAGAGGAAGUUGAAGAAAAGGAAGAGGAAGAGGCUGCGGAAGAAGAGAAGAAAGAAGAAGCUUCAGAAGAGAAAAAAGAGGAAUGAAUGGUCACAAUACCUAGGCUUGAAUUUACUGCGCGGUGCUUAUUCUCCCCCCUUCGCGACACCACCGAUUGUCACCAUUCUUCAUUCAUUGAUGAUAGUUUAGUUUAGAUCAUUGCACACGAUGUCCAAACAGUGUAGGAAAGAAAAUUGUUUGUUCUUUUAUGUACGAAUUCACCUUUUCGUGACUGUGUAAGGAUAAGCGC